AUGGCAAGCUUUCGUUCCAGCUACACUGAGCUCAAGCUAGCCCUCCUGGUGGGCAUAUGCGGCGGAGUUCCCAAUCCAGGGACCGAGAAGGAAGUCUUGCUCGGAGACGUCAUUAUUAGCAAGACGGUGGUUCAAUAUGAUUUUGGCCGGCAGAAUCCUCACCGUUUUACGACUAAAGACACUCUCGACGAUAGCCUCGGCCGACCCAACAAGGAUAUUCGCUCACUUCUCGCCUCACUCGAAACGGAACGGACUUUCGAACGCCUUGAGCGACGUACGGCUGAGAUCCUUACUGGUAUCCAGCAAACCGCCGCACAAGCUGGACGAAAGCGGACUCGGUACCCGUACCCUGGAGCAGCCCAAGAUGGACUCUUCAGUCCGAACUAUGAGCAUAGACACCGAGAUGACGCCGACUGUGGCUGCGACCAUACAUGGAUUUGCGACACAGCGCCGGAUGCUUCGUGCAUUGAGCUUGAAUGCGACAAAACUCACCUCGUGCUCAGGGAGAGUCUCGAAAUCAAAAAGCAACUAGAGCGCGAGGGCAAUACUGCAGAGGCCCAAGAGCCGCACAUUCUCAUUGGGAGAGUCGGAUCGGGUAAUGCCGUGAUGAAGUCGGGCGCGCAUCGCGACGAAAUUGCUCAGAGAUACAACCUCAUUGCCUUCGAGAUGGAGGCCGCCCGAGCUUGGGACGAGGUGCCAUGCGUCGUCGUAAAGGGGGUUUGCGACUAUGCCGACAGCCACAAGAACAAGAAAUGGCAGGCGUUCGCGGCUGCUACAGCGGCCUCCUCAAUGAAGGCUCUGCUCGAGUUGUACAUCCAAACUGAUUCGCCGGGGAACUCCAGAGUUGAGUGCUCCAGCAAGAGCAAGCUCGCGUCAAUCGUUGUUGAGAGUGCUUUAAAAUCUUCUCCGACAGCGACGGUGUACUUCUACUGCUCCCGAAAUCCAGCGGAGCCCGGGCGCUCUGAUCCUACCAGCAUAUUAGCUAGCAUUGCGAGACAACUUGCGAUGCCCCAACCUGGCGGGGAGAUUCUUGAUGCCGCAGUUGAGGCAUACAAAAAGUUCGAAGAAAAUGCCUUUGCCUCUAAGUCUAUGACACUUGCCCAAAGCCGAGAGCUCAUUCAAAAACUGCUGGAAAGCUAUCGAGGCCAGCCAAUCACACUUGUUAUCGACGCCCUGGAUGAGUGUGACAAGGACACCCGACAAAAUCUUCUGGAUGCGCUCGUGUCUUUGCUCGAAGCACCGACUACCUUAAAGGUCUUUGCCACCAGUCGCGAUGACUGGGACAUCGUGAAAGAGCUGGACAAGUAUCAAAACCUGUACCUGUCAUCAGACCGCAACUCCGGGGAUAUCAACCUGUUUGUGCGAUCGGAAACCGAACGUCUUGUCGAAAGAGGCUCUCUGUUGUGGGGAAGUACAAGAAAGGAGGAACUUCGCGACAAGAUUAUACACGAGCUAAUUUCCAAUGCCCAUGGAAUGUAA